CUUCUUCCCCUCAUCAGUUCAUCAUCGUGACUUCAACUUCGUCAUCUUCCCUCUUCCCCUUCUCAUCUUGGUACCUUAAACUCGGGACAGGAUCAAUCCCCACAGGAAAUGUCUCAAACCUUCUCUCCCGCUGAUGUCGCAGCGCACAAUACCCCGGACAAGGGUCUUUACAUCAUCAUUGACAACAACGUCUUCGAUAUCACAAACUUUGUGGACGAGCACCCGGGGGGCGCGAAGAUUCUAAAGCGCGUUGCAGGCAAGGAUGCUACAAAACAGUUUUGGAAGUAUCACAACGAAGGCAUUUUGAAGAAAUAUACGCCCAAGUUGAAAGUCGGCGAGGUCAAGGAGGCGGCCAAAUUGUGAUCUGAUCCAGCAUCAGUUCACGAUUUAGUACGAUGGUGGUUUGAUUAUCAUAAGUGUUUCUUGGGAAUUCCUCCGAGUGUCUUCAUGGAUUCUAUCUUUGUUGAAAGCCCUUGUGGAUAAGGAAUAAGGGCAUAUAUACAGACAGACAGACACAUGACCAUCCAACGCCUGCAAACCAUUGAAGAUCGGCCAUCACAGGGGAUUGGGGUCCGCCGGCUACAGCAAUCAGGGCCCGUUGACAUAAUAUUGCUCACUUUUGUCAGGGAUUAGUCAAGCGAUGUUGCAUCUGAGUCCCUAUAUCUUUAAUUAUCUCCUAUUGUGAAUAAUCCGAGCGAGGGCGAGAUUUAUUUCGACUCAAUUAUACAUUCCCACCCAUCAACAGCUUAAUGAACGCGCG